GUCUGCUGGGCAAUCAUCACUUGCUACACAGCUGACAAGAUGCUUUCCACAAGACUGACAAUCAUCACCAUCCUGGCUGCAGCUCGGUGUUGGACAUCUGCUGUGGGACAACUCUAUGAUGUGGCAUGUCCUGGUGUAAACAGCGAGCUGCAAUGCCCUGAGGGACAAAUGAUUCUGGUGCAGUCAGUGGAGUAUGGUGAGAUAAGCUCUGUGGACUGUGCUGCCAGAAGCCAGCCCGCUACGACCACAAAAUCAGUCUGCAUGAGCCCGGCCAAGCUACCAUGGAUGAAGUUCAUCUGUGACGGAAGGGAAAGCUGCCGACUGUCCAAACCUGAUCCAGGGACGUUUAACUGUGAUUAUUCAGGAGAUUCAACAUUCAUUCAGAUCACCUAUAUCUGUGAAGACAGAAAUCCUAAUGUGCAGACCGUUGUUGAAUGUGAAGGAAAUCAGGCAAAGAUUUCAUGUGAAAAAGGAACCAUUGACAUUCUGAGGGCCAGGUUUGGACGUUUUGACGCGACCACCUGCACCGAUACCCCGUCAACUAUGACCUUCUGUUGGAGUUACCAAACCGACCCACGAGUGAAAAUUCAAUGUGAUUCAAAAACAGAGUGCGAAAUACAAGUUACUGAAGAAAGUCUGGGGACAACUCGGCGUUGUGAUGAUCUUCCCAGGUCAUUUGCUUCUGACAUCAGCGUCCCAGAGAGGAGCAGUGAUGUCCUUUCCAGCAGUCACAUAUCAACAAGAAUAUGA